AGUAAUCAGCGGAUUACUUUUCAUUUCGGGCGUGCUGCGCCUACUGAAGCUUGCCAAAUCCUAAAUUUGACUUUGCAUUAUUCACCAAACCUAUUCGGGUCAACGAAUUGUGAUGUCAGCUCGAAGAAAUUCCAUAUCACUUCGGACCGCAAGCGUUUUCGCUGAAGUUUUAGCCGAUCUUUCUUGUUUGAAAAGAUUAAUUCUAUCUCUAAUAUUUUGUUUUGACGAGUCGCUUAUUGGAGGAAAGGAUGUGCAAGUAGACACCUGUUUUGCCACCAUAAAAAGAUGGGGAAUGCAGUUUUUUGGUAGCAUAGGAGCUGAAAAUGCACAAGAAGAAAGCGGGGAAGUUUUUGUUUAUUCCUGAUAAUUUGGUGGUUGUACUGUUCUUGAUUGCCCUUAUAAACAUUGCUUCAACGGUGGAUUUACGCAAAUCAUUACCAGGCAAGGAAAAAGCGCCAGACUUGGAUACCAUUAUAGAGUCUCUUAUUCCUGAGGAAAAAAGGACAGUGAAGAGGCAACAAGGCAAGGAUGUUCCAGAUGACAGUGAUAGCGACAAUGAAGAAAUAAACGAGCUCAGCCGCCUCCAAGACCCAGGAAGUCAGGACCAGCAGGUUGGUGGAGCUAUCAAUGAAGGCGAUGCAGGAAAGAUCAAGCCCACGAUUGACAACUCCAUGGUACCGAGUGAUCAAAACCAGUCUUCCUCAGAUACAUUAGCUAAUAUAAGUGAAUUUCUCAAAACCAAGGAAGGUGAAACUACAGUUCCAGUCGAUGGCGACUUCACUCUCUGGACCACGUGGUCGUCGUGUCCUCAUGCUUGUGGAAGAACUGCGCUGAGAUCACGUGAGCGGUAUUGCACCAAUCCAGCGCCCGCAAAUGGCGGGAGAAACUGCGAGGGACCGCGCUUUCAACUUAAGCUCUGUAAACUGAAGCAGUGUGCAGUUGACGGUGGCUAUUCGGAAUGGUCGGAUUGGACUUCUUGCUCUCAGAAAUGUGGACAGGGAAUGAAGAGACGACGACGGUAUUGUAACAACCCGACACCAGCCAACGGGGGACAGAAAUGCAAAGGAGCAAGGAAGCAAGUUAAACCUUGCUACGGUAAAAAAUGCCAAGCUCGACACCAUGUUGCCAAGGAAGAAGAUGAAGAAGAGGAACAGGUGAACGAUGACGAGAACAAUGAUGAUGACGAUGGAUCCCGAAUCAGCAAGCUGAUGAGUUCGAAACAUGGCGUCGGCGUAAGCAAAGAUAAUAAUGAUGAGGAGGAGGAGGAGGAUGAAGAUGGGACAAACUUAGCCAAAUUAAUAGGUUCAAAGGUGAAGGUCAGGAAAAAAGGAAGCGAUGACGAUGAAGAUGACGAUGACGAUGGAAUCCGUAUCAGUAAGCUGAUGAAUUCUCAGCUUAACGUCAGCGAUAAAGAUGAUAACGAUGAUGAUAAAGUUCAAGACAGUGAACAAGAAGCAACAGAGGAAAGUGAGACUGACGUCAGAAGUAAACUUCCGUCAAGAUUUAAGCGUCCUACACGAAAGGAGAUCGAGAGGCACAAGAAAAACAGAUUUAAACAUAGACAAUUAAAUUACAGUAAAUCUCAUCAUAAACGCUGGUUAGGCAAUGCAAGAUAAUCAGAUCAGAUUUGUAGUAGCUAGUGUUUUUAAUUUGAAUGGUGAUUUGUAAUUUGCGACCAAAGUUUGGUUUGCACGAUGCAUACUAAGUUCCAUUGUCAAUGCUGUUGCAAUGCGCCACCUUUUUAGCCCUUCAAUGACUCAUGACCGGUCUCAAGAUAAGCAGGAAGCUGUAGAAAAAUUAUCAACAUGGAAACAAUCACUUAUAACACGAUCUGAGAACUAACAUACAGAGAAAUAACUGCAAAUGAGGAGCUGCUCGGAAAAAACAAUAAACAGAUCUGACAAGUUACAGGGGAAAAAACAGGAAACAGAACCGUUUUCAUUUGAUCAUUUAAUUGUUAUUAUUUUAGUCUUUUAUAUUACCAAUAUUAUCAACCAUGAGAAGUCUUUCCCCAUUUCUUUUAAAAGCAAUUGCACAAGUGAAGCUCUUGUUAAAACUACACAAAAAAUUGUCGAGUUUUACAGGUAGUCACGGCGUUUUAGAUGAUAUUGGAGAGCAAAAUCAUGAGCGCAGCGAGAAACUGUGAAGAAUCUUUCCAUUUUAACGUUUACUUUGUAUUUUUCACAGAUUUAAGUGAUGAACACUUGCAUUUUACCGAUCGAAAAAAAGGUGUUAGUAGAUUUAAUAGACCUCUA